UUCAACCCCACCAAUUGGAAGUAGCAUUGCAGAGAAAUGUUAUCCUUCUGCCAACAUACCAUCAAUAUCCUUUAGGAAAAUCAGUCUUGAUUGGAAUUCCGUACGCAACGGAUACACCCGCGCUUUAACAAUCGCUUACGCUUUCAUUACAUUAACAUUAAGCACAUUCCCAUAUAUAUACUCAAGUACAUACAUAAUUCAUAACAUUAAUAUUUAGUUAAUUUAAUGAUGCCCAAACACGCUUAAAACUAGUACAAGUUAACUCACAACAUUUAUAAAUAAAAAUUAACAAAAACAAAAAACAUAGAAACAGAAGUCAAAUAAUAAAUAAUAAAAUAGAAAGAAUGGGAAUUUAAAUUCUUACGCAUAAACCAUUCACAAAGUCAAAAGGAUACCAUAAUCGACUAAAUACAAAAAGGAUACAUACUUAGUUAAUAUGUGAAGUGUGUAAAUUAUUGCUGUUUUAGUGUAAUUAAAUGUUAACAACAAAAGCAUAAAAAAAUAGUGACUAAUUUGUGAAUUCAAAGAAAACUCAGUAACGAUUUUAACGAAUUCAACAUGUCUCCCAACAACAAGGAUACAUUAAAAUAUUAAACGGACCCACCCAAUUUUGCACAUUUCAUUAUUAUUUCAAACAUUCGCAUAUAUAAAAGCGUAAAAUAAGUUACAACUGUCAACAGAACUCAAUUCAAACGGCAAUUCGUUGUUGUUGGUGUUGGUAUUGGUGUUGCUGUUGGCGCCAACAUAGCUAAUAGUUGUUGGCAAAAUAUAAAUAUUUCGAUUAAGGACACUUGUCGCGCUUCGUCUACAACAACACUGAGAAUAUAUUUACCCACCGAUGGGUCGUCGUAAAGAUAAACCGCGUCUCAUACCCGAACAAGACAAGCGAAUAUGUCGCGCAAUUUGUUUUUGUCAACUGACCAUGGUUUUGUCCUGUGUCUCGAUUGUAUAUUUGUCAUCUGCCAUUUAUUCGCCUUCACUAAAAGCAUUUAAGAGUGGUUUCGAACUGGAUCCAGUGAUGUGCCAAACUGUUGAUAUACAAAUGCCGAAUAACUGUCCAUGGGCUUCAUGCGGUGAAUGGUGUUUAACACGUACAAGCGGUUUCUGUCCCCAAAUACAUUCUGUAGUACGUCGCAAUGGAACCGAUAUACAAUUAAACAAUUGCACUCGUAUCACCAAUACAUCUUGUGCGAUGAUCGAUAUGAAUCGUUUAAAUAAAUUCAAUUGUAACAAUGGCACCGUUUGCAAUAAUUUUCGAGGCGUUUAUAAUUGUUCCAAUGGUCAUUGUAAAAAUAUGUCAGAAUUUUUCUUAUGCCAUCAUAAGGCAGAUGGACCAACAAUCAAUUCAGCUAGAGACAAUACAAAACUUAAUGGUUUCUUUGAAUGUUUAGGUGUGCAUUGCACCAAAAUUCGCAGGCCGUUCAAUUGUGACCGGUACUGCUCAAAAAUAACAACUGCCAGAAUUAAUGUACUACUAAUGCAGGAAGACAGUGUUAUUGCUGCCGAUUGCGAAAAUGGCAUAGCCUUCAAUGAAGCACGAGGCAAUGAACUCGGUGCUAAGAUAGAACCAACAGAAUUUUGGAAGGAAGAUGACGGUAAUCUAUUAACAAAUUGUGCAACUGUAACACGUGAAGGAGACAAUAAGAUUGUGGCCACUGAUUGCUUAAAUGGCACUUUACUUGAGCACGAUGCAUUACCAGAACCAUUUAUGAAUUUUACUCAAUUUUGGAGUAUUUAUGCUAACAGUACAAGACCAGUAGAUCCAGAACAAAGAUUUUUGCCUAAUCAGCUAAACGUCACUAUUUACAAGGAGAAAAAAUUGUUCAUCAAUCUGGAAGGUUGCGUAAAUACAUUGCGUGGUGAAUGUAAGGAAUUUGUUGCACGCUAUGGCAAUGAUGGUGACAAUAAUACGGCACAAUCACGCUACCAAUGCUAUUAUAAUAAAGACGCUGCAGUUGACUUUGUGGUUGCUCGUUAUGACUUGGAUAAGGUUUAUCGAGAAUUGUUGGUAUCACUUAUAGUACCGAUUGUGUUAUUUGUAAUUUCAUCCAUUACAUUGUGUAUUAUAACGAAAUCAGUCAAGGUUGGGGAUGAUGCUAAAAUGCGUUGUGUUUGUUCUGGUGAAGAAUCCGACAUGGAUGAUGUUUAUCGCAAAAAGCGUAAACCACAAAAAAGUUAUGAAACUGAUGAGGACAUAAUGGAUAUGGCACAAGGACACACCAAUUACCACGAAGAUACACAUCAUGAUUCGCACGAAAUGAUUGGAAGCACAAAAUCUUUAAUACCGCUGAGUCCUGCAGAUGAAUCGACGGUUAUCAGUGAAAGAACAGUCGAUGAAGAAAAAGCUGCUAAAUGUGACACUCCAGAAAAGCCUUUAGUAAUAUUUUAAAUAUACGAACAAACUAAUAUUUAUAUAUAA